CUACUCUCCACGCCUUCGAAGCCGUCGCCCUUCUCUUUUUAACCCUUGCGAGAGAAGAAAGAGGACAGGCGAUCUGAGGGAAAUCGCAGGCAAGAAGAGAUGAAGAUCUUCGUCAAGACUUUGAAGGGAACCAACUUCGAGAUCGAUGUCAAGCCCGAGGACACGGUUGCUGAGGUAAAAAAUUUUAUUGAGACAUCUCAAGGGAAAGAUGUUUACCCAGCUGAGCAGCAAAUGCUUAUACAUCAAGGGAAAAUCCUUAAAGACAAUACUACUUUGGAUGAGAAUAAAGUUGCUGAAAAUAGUUUUAUUGUGAUUAUGCUCAGUAAGACGAAGCCUUCUUCUAGUGGAGCAUCAUCCACUGCAAAAGCACCUGCUAGUCAGGCUCCUGCUGCUCCAGUGCCUGCUGUAUCUCCAUCUCAAACAUCCGAAACCACGUUGCCUCCGACAUCUGCAAGUUUACCAGUUCAAAUUAAUGAAACUACACCAGCAUCAGUACCAGCAGCGGUUACCAUCACGCCCAGCAAUGAAGCAGACACAUAUGGUCAAGCAGCAUCUAAUCUUGUUGCUGGCAGUACCUUGGAGCAAACAAUCCAGCAAAUUAUUGAUAUGGGGGGAGGAACUUGGGACAGGGACACUGUUGUUCGUGCCUUACGUGCUGCAUAUAACAAUCCUGAAAGGGCUGUCGAAUAUUUAUAUUCCGGCAUUCCUGAACAAAAUGAACCUGCACCAGUUGCUCGCCCAACUGCAAGUGUGCUGGCAACCAAUCCACCACCUGCCCAGGCACCACAACCAGUUCAACCUGCAGUUCCUUCAGCCCUUCCUAAUGCUAAUCCUCUGGAUCUCUUUCCUCAGGGCCUCCCUAAUCUUGGGUCCAAUGUUGCUGGGGGUGACCUUGACUUUUUACGUAAUAGCCCACAGUUUCGAGCCUUGCAAGCUUUGGUGCAGGCAAACCCUCAAAUCCUACAGCCUAUGCUCCAAGAGCUAGGGAAACAAAACCCUCAGCUUAUGAGGGUCAUCCAGGAACAUCAAGGGGAGUUUCUUCAAUUGUUAAAUGAGCCUGCAGAGGGAAGUGAGGGGGGUGGCUUUUUAGAUCAGUUGGCUACUGCUGCAAUGCCACAAGCUGUGAGUGUUACUCCAGAGGAGCGUGAAGCCAUUGAACGGCUUGAAGCCAUGGGCUUCGACCGUGCACUCGUGCUGCAGGUCUUUUUUGCAUGCAACAAGAACGAGGAGCUUGCUGCUAACUACCUUUUGGAUCAUAUGCACGAGUUUGAUGAUUGAUGACAACACUCCUAUAUAAGUCUGGACAUCUUCUGGACCAAUCAUGAUCUGCAGUUCCAUGAACUCAAGCGAAUGAGCCCUGUGUGGUAUCAAUACAUGCUUUGGUGGUUGUGGAAUGCUCUAUAUAGUACUAUUUGUUUCUCUAUAGUUUAUGGGGACACUAAUUUGUCUAUAAGAAUUGUGUUGCUUUGGUCGAGUUGAUAAGUUAUACUUUUAGGUACAAUCA